CCUCUCGCUUGCAUGCAAGAGGGGCGAUGACGCCAGAGGGUAUCUCAUCGUAAUCAGAGUCGAGCUGACAGGCACAAUUAUCGCGCGAGGCGUUGCAACUACGGCCUUCUGCCAUGGCUUCGUUGCGCUACGGCAGCGGCGGCAGAAGUAGCAGCAAUGGCGAACCUUCAUUCAGUCAUAAGGGAGCCACCCCCGAUGAUGUUCACGGAUAUGGCUACGAGCAGCGCGAAGCUGAUAGUGCUUCAUCCCACUUCAUGUCCUUGCUUCCACCUACACAUGGCGGAGGUACUCGGUCUGGCGCUCACACGCCCGACCAAGGAGGAAGGGAGCGAUAUGCAUUCAGUACAUCGCUUCGGAGGGAACCGCCGGUCAGCCCGAAUCCACUAGAGGCCUUCUAUCCGCCUGCUACAAGGCGAGGGACCAGUGGCCCGCUAGAUUUACCCUCGUCAUCACCGGAUAAUCACGAAGCAAGUAACCUAUCAGCAUCUGCAAUAUACACCCACCUUUCAUUACACGACACGCUCAUUAGGCUAGACUUGCCUACUGACACCACCGCUGGCAACGCGAAAGUCAACACCGACACCUCAUCCAUCUCAAAAAGCACCACAGGCUCGGACUCCGCGACAUAUCUGCAUCUUCUACACGGACUUCAUAGCCCAAUCGUACCUCUCCGACGAUCACGCGCCGGCGGCCCGAACGAGUUUCUCGUUCGCCCUGCGGAUCCACCAUGGCGCAAGUUCCUUGCACAGCUCUCUGAGCCGCUCAUUCUCCUCUUGCUCGGGAGCGCAGCAGUCAGCUUGGUGAUCGGCGAGACGGACGAUGCAAUGUCCAUCGCGCUCGCCGUCAUCGUCGUCGUCACCGUGGGCUGGGUGCAGGAGCAACGCAGCGAAAAGAGCCUCGAAGCGCUCGGCAAGCUCGUCCCACAUUAUUGCCACCUUGUGCGCGAUGGAACACAUGCCGCCGCCGCUACGACCGAUGAGCCAGGCGCCACCACCAGCGCAGCGGCGGUACGACCGGCGCCGCGUAAAGUUCUGGCCAAUACGCUCGUUCCAGGCGACGUCGUCACCUUCUCGGCUGGAGAUCGUGUGCCGGCAGACGUACGGCUCUUCAGCGCCGUGCAGCUCGAAGUAGACGAGAGUACGCUGACCGGGGAGGUGAAGCCGCGACGGAAGAACACAGAGGUAGUUGGCACACCGCUAGAACUGCCACGAAUCCAGGAGUGGGAGCGUUCGGCCAUGGGCGGAGCGGGGCAAGGAGUUGACGCGAAUGUCAAGACGGGGAUCAACGACAGAGACAACAUUGUCUUCAUGGGUACGCUGGUAAAGAGUGGCUAUGGCCGCGGUGUUGUAAUAGCGACCGGCUCCUCGACGGAGCUUGGCCUGGUAUUCAGCAUGGUGGACGAAGUCGUCGAACGUCGCACACCGUUGCAAUUGAGCAUGGAUGAGCUGGCCCAGAAGCUGAGCAUGGUCAGCUUCGCUGUCAUUGGCGUCAUCUGUCUCAUGGGUGUGGUUCAACGGAGAAGCUGGCUCGAAAUGUUUACAAUUGGCGUUUCGCUCGCGGUAGCCGCGAUACCUGAAGGCCUACCUAUCGUAGUGACAGUGACGCUCGCACUAGGUGUGUUGCGCAUGUCCCACCGAAAAGCCAUCGUCAAGCGACUUCCAUCCGUCGAGACGCUCGGUUCGGUUUCCGUCAUCUGCUCAGACAAGACGGGAACGCUCACUUCCAACGAGAUGACCGUCGUUAGGGUCUACACGCUAGAAGAUGGAGUGAUCGACAUUUCCAAGGACGUGGCGGCUCCUGCGGUCUCGCGCAGCUUGGCACGUAGCUUGCUCGUUGGUGGGGUAUGCAACAACAGUCACCGCGACGAGCAUGGCAAGAAUGUCGGGCAGGCGACGGACGUGGCAAUGGUCAAUGUCUUGCGCAGGCUGUGCCAGGAUGAUCCUCGACCCUAUUUCCAACGCACCGCAGAAGUACCGUUCGAUUCGGAGACGAAAUGCAUGAGCGUCACAGGCAGGCUUUCCGCGCCCCCUAUCGCUGGGAGCAUGCAAGAUGCUCGCGAGACGACCUACGUCAAAGGGGCGUACGAAGUAGUGCUGGAGCGCUGUGCGUCAGUGCUUGGCGCAGAUGGCAAAAGCGUCGACCUGACAGAGGAUCUAAGGCGCCAGAUUCAUCGCGUUGCGCAAGACCUCUCGUCUCACGGCCUGAGAAUUCUUGCAACUGCCACGUGCGCCGGUCCCUCCCCGCUCGCUUCUGCAACGCCGCGAACUGCUCAUGGCGACCGAGCCAGACAUACGCUCACGUUCUGCGGGCUCCAGGCCAUGCAAGACCCUCCGCGUAAAGGCGUCAGGGAGAGCAUCGUAGCGCUCAGCGAGAGCGGAGUGCAUGUUGUGAUGAUCACAGGCGAUGCGGAGAGCACUGCGGUAGCGAUUGCUGAGCAACUCGGCCUUUUGCGCGCCGGCCCGCAACGGGCGUCGGCCUCUGCGCGCCCGGAAGUCAUGACAGGCAAGCAAAUCGAUGCGUUGACGGAGCGGCAGCUGCAGGAGUGCGUGUCGAGCGUCUCCGUCUUUGCGCGGACCACGCCGCGGCACAAGAUGAGCAUCGUCGCUGCGCUGCAGGCGAAUGGCCAGAUUGUGGGUAUGACGGGCGAUGGCGUGAACGACGCGCCCGCGCUCAAGAUGGCAGACAUAGGUAUCUCCAUGGGCCUAGGCGGAACAGACGUGGCGAAAGAAGCGGCGGACGUCAUCCUCGUUGACGACAACUUUGCGACCAUCUUGUCCGCUGUCGAGGAGGGCAAAGGUAUCUUCUUCAACAUUCAGAACUUCCUCGCAUUCCAAUUGAGCACAGCCGUAGCUGCGCUGACGCUCAUCACACUCAGUACAGCUUGUCAGCUCAAGCUCCCGCUCAACCCUAUGCAGAUCCUGUUCAUCAACAUCCUCAUGGACGGCCCGCCGAGUCAGAGCCUCGGUGUUGAUCCUGUGGAUCGAAGCAUUAUGCGCAAGCCUCCGCGGGCCAAAGACGCUCCGGUUCUCAACAGGCAGCUCAUGCACCGUAUAAUAUUCUCGGCUAGCAUCAUCGUCCUCGGCACGCUUUACAUCUACGUCCACGAGCUCUCGAAAGGUCUGGUGGAUCAAAGAGAUCAAACCAUGACCUUCACCUGCUUCGUGCUGCUAGACCUGACCUCAGCCGUACAAAACCGCGGCUUGACGACGCCACUGAUGGGCAAUCGGAUGCUGACCCUGACAGUCGGCAUCUCCUUCUGCACGCAACUAGCGAUGAUCUAUGUUGCGCCGCUGCAAGGGAUUUUCCAGACGCAAGCGCUCGCCUUGUCCGACCUGCUGCUCCUUUUCUUCCUAUGUGCUUGUAGCUUUGCUGCGCACGAGGCGCGCCGCCUCUACGAGCGGAAACUCCAUGUUGAUACGAGGGACCAGUGGGAGGAAAGGAUGGUAUAAAUGUAUGGGGCUUGAAAUGCCGAUUUUAUUCGUGUGCACUUGG